GCCUGCUGUCUCCUCAGCUAUUUUUCCUUUAUCUAGCUCAGAAAACUAUAAAGGUGAGCAGCUGACUUGAGAUUAAUUAAAUGAAUUUACUGUGCAGAGCUGCACCCAUAGUAUAAAAUGAGCCUUACAGACAUUCUAAGCCCUUCUGAUAUUGCUGCUGCUCUGAGGGACUGCCAAGCUCCAGAUUCCUUUAGUCCCAAAAAAUUCUUUCAGAUCAGUGGGAUGUCUAAAAAGAGUAGCAGCCAGAUCAAGGAGAUCUUCCGGAUUCUCGACAAUGAUCAGAGUGGCUUUAUUGAGGAAGAUGAGCUCAAGUAUUUCCUUCAGAGGUUUGAGUGUGGAGCCAGAGUGUUAACCACCUCAGAAACCAAGACCUUCCUGGCAGCUGCAGAUCAUGAUGGGGAUGGUAAAAUUGGGGCUGAAGAAUUCCAAGAACUGGUGCAGUCUUAGAGGUUCAAAAGGACCAAGCAAGACAGAAGUGGGAUGAAUCUGCAUGAGACACUCCAAAACCUUGAAAUUAUCUUGACAGUGUCUGCUAUUUGUUCAUUGCCUUAGCAACAUAAUGAAACAGUGAUUGGUGAUUUUUUUUUCCAUUGUGUGGACCAUUUACUAU